UAAAAGCUGCUUCACCAUACUUUGUUUUAACAACAGGUUUUACCAGUAAAUUUUUCUGCUGCGAUCUGGUAGAUCUGAUUGGGUUAGGCCGCUGCAACAUAUCAGAGAGGUAAUUGGGCCCUGUACCAUUUAGAGAUUUGUACACCAGCAGCAAUGCUUUAAAGUCAAUUCUGUAGCUUACUGGAAGCCAGUGAAGGGACCUUAAAAUUGGAGUAAUGUGCUCUGUUCUUUUUGUUCGUGUGAGAACCCUAGCUGCUGCAUUUUGAACCAGCUGAAGUCGUUUGAUGGUUUUUUUUUUGGCAGGCCUGUGAAAAGGCCAUUGCAGUAAUCAACCCUACUAGAGAUGAAGACUCGGUUCUCCUACUUGCACAUGAAGUACCUGUUCUUUUCCUGGCUGGCUGUGUUUGUAGGAAGCUGGGUGGUUUAUGUCGAGUACUCCUCCUAUACAGAGCUGUGCCGUGGACAUGAGUGCAAAAACACUAUUUGUGAUAAGUUCCAGAAGGGGGUGAUCGAUGGUACAGCCUGCAGCAGCUUGUGUGAGAAAGAGACGCUGUAUUUUGGGAAAUGUCUGUCUGCCAAACCCAGUAACCAGGUGUACUCCGGUAGCUGGGGAGAUUUGGAGGGCAUCAUUAAGUGCCACAUGGAGGAUGUUCCUCACUAUGACCUGGAAGGCGAGCUGGAACCACGCAGAGAGUCGGUAGCCUUUAAUAGGCCCACUAAAGGCACAUCUGUGGAGAAGUUCAGGGAGAUGGUCCUGAGCCAUCUAAAGGAGAAGGUGGGCGAUCAGGCCAACCUGCACGACUUGGUGGUGCUCGUGCUUGGUGUCGCUGAUGCCAACAAGGAUGGUGAGAUAUCUCUGGCAGAAGCACGCUCAGCCUGGGCUCUGCUGCAGCUGAAUGAGUUUUUGAUGGCGGUGGUUCUUCAGGGACGGGAACACACUCCCAGGCUGUUGGGCUUCUGCGGAGACUUGUAUGUAGUGGAGAAGGUGCCGUAUGCACCACUCUAUGGCCUCAGCCUGCCCUGGGUAGUGGAGUUAUGGCUUCCAGCAGGCCUGCGCAGGAGCAUGGAUCAGUGGGUGGCACCAUCAUGGCCUCGCAAGGCCAAAAUUGCAAUCGGCCUCUUGGAACUGGUGGAAGACAUCUUCCAUGGGCCAUUUGGCAGCUUCCUUAUGUGUGAAGUGAACGCAGCGUGCUUUGGCUACACUGAGCGCCAUGACCUGAAGGUGCUGGAUGCCAGACGCAUCGUUCCUGAAGCUGCUUUCCAGAAAAUUAUGCGCGAGAGGCGGUGUGAAGUCGACACCGACUGUCUAUAUGGAGUAGACUGCCACACCACCUGUGACCUCACAAAGCACCGCUGCACCACUGAGGUGACGCAGCCGAACCUGGCUAAAGUGUGUGGUGCACUGAAGGACUAUCUGCUCCGUGGAGCACCACUGGACGUGAAGGAAGAAUUAGAAAAGCAGCUAUAUGCAUGCAUGGCCUUGAGAGGAGCCACUGAACAAAUGGAGAUGGAACACUCGCUCAUCUUGAACAACCUGAAAACACUGCUGUGGAAGAAGAUUUCGCACACCAAGGACUCCAAAUGAAAGCAAAGUUACUGUAGUUGUCUAGAUAGGAAUCCAUCUACAAAGGUUUCUGAGCCUUCUAAUCCAAACUUUUCUUAGAUACACUCUGAACUCCCAAGCGAGGUAUGAUGGUAUUGUGGGCAUCAUUGCUGCCUCACAUCUCCAGGGUUGAUCCUGAAGUCAAGUUCUUCUCUGUGGAGAGUUCUCCCUGGGCCCUUGUGGGUUUCCUCCUACCUCCAAAAAAAAAAUCUGCUGCUAGGUGGAUUGGCUAUGCUAAAUUGCCCUACAUGUGAACUUUGCCCUGUGAUGGAAGAGCGACCCAUUUCCAUAAAGCACUUACUAAAGAUGAAUGAACCAGCUCCCAAGUGGAACAACUAUCUGCAGUUUCAACCUUUUCUUCAAGAGAUUUAUCAAGUCAUGAUGCCGCAGCUAUUCAUGGCCAGAGGACCAUAACUGGUCAUGCUCUCUGGGUGGGAAGAAUGAUAAUUCCGUCCAUGUUGCAUAAGCAGCAGGUGGAGACGAUAACAGCGGUUGUCUUCAUGUGUUAGCUUUCAUUAUCCAGUAGGGAAGACCAAUGUGAGGGGAAAAUAGGUUUGAAAGAUUAAGCCAGUGAUUCACCAGAGCAAAUGCACAAUUGUGAACUCUCGUACCCAUCUAAUCUUGCUGUAGAAGGCACACAACAGGUCAGCAGACAGACAUCCUGCCAGUGAUGCGAUCAAAUUGCAACUUCCCAGUUUCUGUAUUAUAUGGGGAUGAGAUAUUUUGAAAGCUUUAUAAGAAAACUUAUUCCAGAUAUAAUUUUGUAGAGAGGCAAUGUUGCAAAAUAAAUUUUUUUCAGCAAUCCCAGUUGGCUACAUGUAGAAAGCAGGUUAAAAUGUAACCUAUUUUUACUUUCAUGAAUGAGGUACAAUAUUUAUGCAAGUUAGAAGCAUGUGAUCAUUUGCAAAACUUGCAUGUGUAGGAAUAUGGUUCUGAUUUUAGUUGGAAAGAUCAGGGAUUACAAGCAGACAAAAUAAAGCUGGAGGGGAUUAAAACAUUUUCUAAACAAUGCCUUCCCGGUCGAUAUUUUUAAUCAGGAGUAAUUGCAUAUUGUCACUGCCUGUAACUUGUACAAAACACUGUAUUCUUCCAAAAAUGUGUUUGAAGAAGCAUAAAUAAAGACAAAUUACUGUUAAUUCAGUUCUUAACUCACUACUUGGCCAAAUAUUUCACCUAAUAAGUUGUAGUUCCCUCAACCCCCGACCAACCACUCCAUUCUUAAAUGGCAUGGCUUUACUAGUAGGUCAACAAUACAGGGGUUUUUUUGUGCCUUUUAACAACCAUACAAAUACAAUGCAAAUUUUCAGACCUGUAAAACUUCUCCACAGGGAAUUAUGGGAUUGUUCUAAACCUAUUAGGUUUUAAAAGUUUAGCACCCCAUCUAAAGGGCACUGUAAUUUUUGUGAAGAUUUGUAAACAAAGGGUUAGAAUAAAUCCACCUGAGUGCUGGUUCAGUGGCAAAGGGAGGUUGUACGAAGUAUUGACUUGUACAGUAAUUGGUUUUAUUUCUUGAUUUUCUCUGAAUAAAUCAGUUAACCCCCCCCCCAUGUGAGAUGAAGAUACUUCAAACAGUGGAAACCACCCUUACAAGGGGUGCCAAUAAAUGUGGAGAGCACUGUAAGGUCUUUAACCAAAUCUCCAUACCUUUCAUCCCAAAAAAAAUUCUAAAUUUCCAGGAAUGCAGAUGUCAAUUUGACACAUUGCCAGAUCUUGAGUGGUAAAAGUUUGCUUUUAAUACAGUACAAAACAAAAGGAGUCUUUUCUCAUAGAUUUAUUAGAACAAAAUUCUGCAAAAUCAUAUAGUGAGGCGGUUUUAAUCCUCCUCUGCAGCCUGAGCGCGGAGAAAGCUGGCUUUCUUCUGAGCAACGCGGUCUUUCCUCUGGGCCAGUGUGAGCUUGGCACGGUUCCAU